AUGGAACAGCGUAAAUGGCACAUACAACUACAUGAAAGUCGUGAGAGUACUUUACCUUCAAAACUUGAGCCUAUUGGAUACAUGAAAGGUUUUGUAUUCGAUAAGAAUUCCAAUGGAACAGUCGCAAAGGCUGCUACGAAUACAAUUGACUUAAAGAAAAAGCGUGCGAUGGAAAUUGGGAUGGCUCCUUUUAAGAGUCUACUUCAAACGGGUUUUAUGAUGUGGAUGAGUGGCAACUCGAUCAAUAUCUUUAGUAUCAUGAUUACAGCCAUGAUUGUCAUGAAUACAGUGAAAUUAAUCAUUAAUAUGAACAAUGCUUUUACAUCAGUAAAUGACGGUGUCAUUGAUCUAACGCAGCCCAAGGCUGUCUACAUGGCUGGUAGUUUGGUCGGUGCUGCCAUGGGUGUGUACAAGUGUUCGAACAUGGGGUUAUUGCCCACGACAAGUGCCGACUGGACGUGGUUGAUGCCUAUUAAACAAGCGGUGGAAACAUCUUCGUUUGCCUACAGUCUCAACCAAUAA